AUGGAUGUCACUCAUCACCAAAAUGACAUCGAAGAGACAACCAACACGAUAAACCUGCACGACUGGGAUAGUAACACUGACAAAAACAAUCCCCGUAAUUGGUCGUCGCAGCGAAAAACAGUCUCACUCUUCAUCAUCUGCUCAAUUGGGUUUAUCACCACACUUGGGGCAUCGAUCUAUUCUCCAGGCCAUGAGCAAGUCUCACGGGAAUUCGGCGUCUCUACAACCGUGGCUCUUUUGCCUCUUUCUUCUUACUCAUUAGGUCUCGCAUUUGGACCCAUGAUAUCGUCACCUUGUUCAGAAACCUUUGGUCGCAAAUUUGUUUAUCUUUUGUCUCUACCGUUAUUUGACGUCUUCAUGCUGGGAGCCGGCCUGUCUCAUAAUAUGGCCUCCCUUAUCGCCUGCCGUUUCCUGGCGGGUCUCUUUGCAGCGCCAGGCGUCUCAGUUGCGGCAGCUACCAUCUCUGAUUUCACCCAUCCAGACCAGAGAGUCAUUCCUUUGGGAAUCUACUACUCGAUUCCGUUUACGGGAAGUGCCAUAGGACCUUUAAUUGGUGGCUUUGCUGUCGAGUCCAGGGGAUGGCGAUGGACAUUCUGGGUCGUGUUGAUAAUGGCGACCGCAUUUCAUCCGCCAGCCCUUUUCUUGCGCGAGUCUUAUAAGUCAAUUAUAAUACAGCAGAGGGCAAAAGAGAUGGGUCUCAAUGACGGUUUGAUAGAAUCUAGUACAAGGACAGAAAAACUACGACAGUUUAUCACUUCGACGAUUAUUCGGCCACUUCACAUGCUCAUGACAGAACCGCUCGUUGGCUUCCUUUGCCUAUACACUGGAUUUCAGUUUGCGCUACUCUACACGGUGGUUGUCGCGAGCCCAUGGGUUUUCAAGACCGUUUAUGGGUUCUCUUCUAGUGCACAGGCGUUAUCUUUCUUGGGGCCCGUAGCUGGAUGUCUAUGUGCGUCGCCUGUCCUUAUUACGUUUGAUACUUUUCUGCGCAAACGACGGCCACCCACCGAGAGCCGCACCACUUUUAAACCGGAAAGAAAGCUCUACGCUGCUUUGUAUGGAAGCCUGGUGCUUCCUGUUGCGCUAUUUUGGUUUGGCUGGACGUCCCGACCCUCAAUACACUGGAUCAGCCCGAUCAUUGCCGAAGGCCUUGCACUGCUCGGAAGCCUGUUGAUUUAUGUGCCGUGCAACUUCUACAUGAUGGAUGUCUAUGGCUCAAAAUACGGCGCGUCAGCCAGUGGUGCAUCCUCCCUGUCUCGAUACACCCUUUCGGCUGCAUUUCCGCUUUUUGUUACUCAGAUGUACAAGGCAUUGGGGGUUGCAUGGGCAACAAGCAUCCUGGCAUUCGCGGCGCUUGCUAUGGCACCUAUCCCAUGGCUUUUCUACUACUUUGGUCCGUCCCUUCGGGCCAGGAGUGCAUAUGAGCAUGGCACAUAA